CUCACACCUCUCCUCACCACUUUCACCACCAAAAAAAUCGACCAAACCACGUAGUAUUACGCAGUUCGCACACUAUACUCCGAUCCGGCCUCUCCAACCCAGCUUAGCUUUUCUGCUCCCAGCUGCCAGCUACGUUGCAACCCCACCACCGGAAAGCUACACCGUGCGUUUCAUAUAAGCAGCGCCCAGUCGAGCGAGCUCGACCGGCAAUAGCAAUAGCGCCAAGACAUACAGAGAAGCCACAGACGUCGAGGCAGCUAGCGCGCGGGGGAGGACAGGACACUGCAGCAAGUUGGCCGGUGAUAAGCGCGCGAACUCGCUGGCAAUAUGGCCGACGGCGGCGGCCGCCGGGCUCCCGGGUUCCGCUUCUACCCGACGGAGGAGGAGCUGAUAUGCUUCUACCUCCGCAACAAGCUCGACGGCCUCCGCGACGACAUCGAGCGCGUCAUCCCCGUCUUCGACGUCUACUCCGUCGACCCGUUGCAGCUCUCAGGUACCAGCACACGCGUGUACGUGCAUUGCGUUCGUCGUACGUCGCGCGAGCGCCGCGUCACCUGUAUACACACACCUGCUGCAGAGAUUCACCACGAGAUGCUGGGCGGCGGCGGCGAGGAGGGGGAGCCGUGGUUCUACUUCUGCCCGCGGCAGGAGCGGGAGGCGCGGGGCGGCCGGCCGAGCCGGACCACGCCGUCCGGGUACUGGAAGGCGGCGGGCACCCCGGGGGUCGUCUACUCCGCCGACCGCCGGCCCAUCGGGAUGAAGAAGACCAUGGUGUUCUACCGCGGCCGCGCGCCGUCGGGAACCAAGACCGCGUGGAAGAUGAACGAGUACAGAGCAUUCCACUACCCCGACGCCUCCUCCGCCUCCGCCUCCAGCGCCGGCGCCGCCGCGCCACCAAACCAUCUUCCUCCGCAGCUGAGGAGCGAGUUCAGCCUGUGUCGACUGUACACCAGAUCGGGAGGCAUCCGGCAAUUCGAUCGGCGGCCGCUAGCGGGUGGUGGUGAUGAGAACCCGGGGCCAUCCAUGGCUGCCGCGGCGGCGUCACCCGAGGAAAACGACGGAUCAGGAAGUUCCAUGCAGCAACUGGAGCUGAUGGAUCAAGGUGGCGCCGUUGAUCCGGAUUGGGACCAGUGGGACGACUUGGCCACCUUGACCGCACUUCUGUACUGGCCUAGAGAUUAGGGAUGCCAAUUGUUUACAUGAUCUUGCUCGUAGUGCUAACUGUGAAGUGCAUGUUACACGUAUCAACGACCAAGUGUAGUACAUGCUUUUUUUUCUUUUGCCGCGCAAACUCUCCAGUAUUAACAUAAGAAAAAAAAAAUCAGAACACACACAAUUUUUUUUGGUUUCUCCAAAUAUAUAAUUAAUUAAUUAUUGUUUUCUUCAGUUAAUCAUAUUUUUCUAGUUGGAUCUUCGCCCUUGGCCCUGUGGGAUCUCCUCCAACUUUUCUGAUAAUAGGAUUUGUUUAUACUAGUUCAUCCGUCACAAAAUGUAAGGUAUACAUGUAUUUUAGAUGGUUUCAUUAAUACAAUACUUCUUUGAAUGUUUAUUUGUUUUAUAA